AUGGCCAACACCGAUUCAGAUUGUGAUUUAGUCAUGACUGACCUUGAUUCAGAUGAGUAUGAUAGUGAGGUGGAGCUUGAGAUUGCCACAACCUACGUUCAGCUAUGUAUAGAGUACAUGCAAAAGUACUACAUGAAGCGACCUAUGUGCACUAGUAUCCUGAGUGGGGGGUCAUAUGUGAUUGAAGUACUAGAAGGAAAUCCCCAAGUGUGUUACGACAUAUUCCGCAUGGACAAGACCAUUUUUAGGCACUUGUGUAAUAAGUUGAAGCGGCUACACCUAUUAAAGGAGGACACUGAUAUUGUUUUAGUUGAGGAGGCCGUUGGGAUAGUGCUAUUUAUCGUUGGACACAACGCUGACUAUCGGCUAACUGCCAACCGCUUCCAACAUUCUCUCGAGACCAUUCAAAGGCGGUUCCGGCGUGCCUUGCAUGCUAUCCAUGCUUUGGGAUGUCUCAUCAUCCAGCCCGACGCUGAUGCAGUUGAACUUCCUCAUUCACUUUGA